AUGGGCAACGAAGAUGUUGGGUCCACGAAUCCAUCAUCCAAUACAGUCCAUCAUUUCAUCAGAUCCUGGGCGUCCAUCUCUGCUGGAAAUGGCCUUAAUGGUCCACUGCCGUCUCACGAUCGGACUGUCGUGCAAGACCCAGAAGGACUCGAAUCCGCUUUUCUCCGACAUCACUGGAGCGUUGCUGAACCCAUCUUUCUUGAUAGUGAGCCCAUCAGUCAGCGUUUAAGCGACAAGGUUCGAGCAACUUUCUCGCUGUCCAAACCCCAAAUCUCGAGACUAAAAAAUUGGGCGAAUUCCCAGAUAACCAAAUCGACCCAAUUUUCGAGUUUUGUAGUGACAUGCUCUGUGGUUUGGGUUAGUUUCAUUAUGUCGCGUGAGUUAAUCAGUGGCGGCUGUGGUGCAGAGGAUGAAGCGUGCUGCUUCGCGUUCACAGCCAAUUGCCGUAACGAACGACUUGGGUAUCGAAUCCCAGCGGAGUAUUUUGGGAAUUGCUUUGCGUUUUGCCUUACGACAGUAGAGAAGAGUGAGCUUUUGGGGGAAAAUGGGUUAGUUGUGGCAAUGAAAGCGAUCGAGAAAAGAGUGGGAGAAGUGAAGAAAGAGACUUUGAAAGACGCAAUGGCGGAGACGACCGUGUGGAAGGAAUUUGUUGAACGUGGAACUAUGCUUUGCGCCGUUGGGUCGCCGAGGUUGGGCGCGUAUGACACCAGUUUUGGGUGGGGGAGGCCCAUAAAGACCGAGGUGGUUCAAGUUGAUCGUGGGAGGUUGUUUUCUAUAGGAGAAUCCAGGAAUGAAAAUGGUGGCAUUGAAGUUGGGUUGGGUCUGGGUUCGACUCAUAUGGCUAGCUUUGUUGCCGUGUGGGAACAAAAUCUAAAGCUUCUCGGUUGCUCAUGA